UGUUAAGUUAACACUGCAGUGAGACUAACGCGAUGCCCUACGGUGACCUGUGCCGCUGCUGCCUAUUGCGGCCUCCUGACAGAGGCUUGAAGACUCAGUAUUCAAUGGUGGGAAAGUCAGAAGUUUAUGCUGAUAUGCUUAAGGAAUGCUUUGAAAUUCAGAUGCCAUGCGCAGAAGAAAACGAGAUGGGCAUAUGUGAGAUUUGUGUGACUCGGCUGCGGGAUGCCAGUGACUUCAAACUACAAGUCCAACAGUGCCAGAAACAGUUUAUGACUCAAUUAAAAGGUUUUACUGUUAAAGAUGAAACAAGUCCAAAGGUGAAGGAAGAAUACUUAGAUUUGGAUGAUGACAAUGACAUAUAUUUUCUCGAACUGAAAGAGGAAGCCUCCGACGGCUUCGAGCUGAAAGAUGACGAUGAUGAUAAGAAGUUGGCUGAAAUGUUCGGCUUUACUGACGUCACAGUCAAGAGGACCUCCGACAGGCGCCGGAGUAAGAAACGACUGCUGCUUGACAACGGACGGAACGAGCUGAAAGAGGAAGUCGCAGACGACUUCGGCUUUAACGAUGAUGACAACAAGAAGUUAGCGGAAAUGUUCGGAAUAAAGCGGAAGAAUAAGAAACGCCUGCUGCUCGACAAUGGACUGAACGACCUAAACCCAAAGUCCCGCAUAAAGUUAUCUCUCCAUGUCGGGCAGUCCCGGUUGCUAGCGAGUCCGCGUCACAGCGGCGUGUCGGACGCCAAGAAGUACCGCGCUAAUGUAGAAGCGCUGCUGAAGUAUUCUAACUGCACGCCUUUUGGAACUAAGACUAUAGCUGGAAUCCUAUGUGCCUACUGCAAAACGACCUACAAAGACCUACCUCAUUUACGAACACAUUUACAGGAAGAGCAUAAAUCUGACAGCCUCAUAGACAACAUGAGGAUGGACAAGAACAAUCUGUCUAUCAAGAUGGACAUUACAGACUUAACCUGCAACCUAUGCCAAGCAAAUAUCAACACUAUAGCUAAUCUAAAAGACCACUUAAUUAAAGAACAUGAUAAAAAAUUGUACACCGAUGUCAAUGAUUAUAUUUUAGAGUUCAAGCUGACGGACGGUGAGAUUCUAAACUGUGCUCUCUGCAAUUCAACUUAUGAAACGUUCAAAAUGCUGUUACAACACAUGAAUGGACAUUACAGGAACUAUAUUUGUGAAAUAUGUGAUCUAGGCUUUAUAAAUAAGCAUAAGUUAAAAGGUCAUCAACGGACCCAUGAAAUUGGCAAUUUUAACUGUUCGUUCUGUGAUAAAGUUUUUACAACCCGAGUUAGGAAGUUGUGUCAUGAGAAAUACACACAUAAUUCUGGUGCUAGGUACACUACAAACUGUCCACAUUGUGAUCAGUCGUUUACUAGUUAUUAUAGGAGAAACAGACACAUGGCCGUUGAACAUAACACAGCAGCGGCUACAUACAAAUGUAAUAUUUGUGUUAAAUCUUUUAUUUUAAAGUCUAAAUUAACUUCUCAUAUUAAGAAAGUACAUUUAAUGGAGAGGAAUCAUAUUUGUUCGGAAUGUGGUCAAGGGUUUUUUAUCAAGCAAUCUUUGGAUGAACACAUGGUCAAACAUAACGGGGAACGAGUCUUCAAAUGUACCGUUUGUACUAAAGCCUACGCCAGAAAGAAAACUUUGAGGGAACAUAUGAGAAUUCACAAUAAUGAUAGGAGGUUCAAAUGUGGGAUUUGUGCGUUGGCUUUCGUUCAGAAAUGUAGUCUGAAAAGUCAUAUGUUGUCUAAUCAUAGUAUGACGUUAGCUGAGUAUGAGAAUACUAGGUCGGAAAUUAGUCCGUAGCGAAAACUAG